GGGGGGCUCGUGGUGGGAGGCUGCCGCUGCGGCUGCUGCCGCAUUGGUGUCUCCCCUAUGGACGAAAACAGCCCUCUGUCUCCCAAGGCAAAUGCUUUCAGUAUCGCCUCUCUGAUUUCAGUCGCCGCCGCCGCCGAGCACGCAGGGAAGGGAGCGCUGGAGGAGCGCAGCGGCGGCCGCAGCGCGCCCGCCCGCCCCGCCGCCCGCCCGCAGAAGAUGCACUUCAGCACCGUCACCAGGGACAUGGAAGCUUUCACGGCCAACAGCCUGAGCAGCCUGAACGCCUCCGGGGGGUACCACCUCUCCCCCUCCCCGGGGGACCCGUACGGACAGCAUGAACCGCCGCACUACGAGCCCUGCACGGCUCAGCAGCACCCGCACCCGCCGCCCCAGCCGCAGCACGGUUACCCCUUCGGCGGGGCGGCGGCGGCCGGGGCCAACCCGCCGCCUCCGGGCCCCGAACCGCCCGACGGCGCCGGGGGAGCCGCCGCGGGGCCCGCCGCCGUCUCGGGCUGCUCCGCGGGGACGGCCGCCGCGGCCAAGGCGCCGGUGAAGAAGAAUCCGAAAGUGGCCAACGUGAGCGUGCAGCUGGAGAUGAAGGCGCUGUGGGACGAGUUCAACCAGCUGGGCACCGAGAUGAUCGUCACCAAGGCCGGCAGGCGCAUGUUCCCCACCUUCCAGGUGAAGAUAUUCGGCAUGGACCCCAUGGCUGACUACAUGCUCCUCAUGGAUUUCGUCCCUGUAGACGACAAGCGCUACCGGUAUGCCUUCCACAGCUCCUCCUGGCUCGUGGCCGGCAAGGCCGACCCCGCCACGCCCGGCAGGGUGCACUACCACCCGGACUCUCCAGCCAAAGGGGCGCAGUGGAUGAAGCAGAUCGUGUCCUUCGAUAAGCUCAAGCUGACCAACAACCUGCUGGACGAUAACGGCCAUAUCAUUUUGAACUCCAUGCACAGAUACCAGCCGCGCUUUCACGUGGUCUACGUGGACCCCCGGAAAGACAGCGAGAAAUACGCGGAGGAGAACUUCAAAACCUUCGUCUUCGAGGAGACGCGCUUCACGGCCGUGACCGCCUACCAGAACCACCGGAUCACGCAGUUGAAGAUCGCCAGCAACCCUUUCGCCAAGGGAUUCAGAGAUUGUGACCCCGAAGACUGGCCCAGGAACCACCGGCCCGGGGCCCUCCCUCUCAUGAGCGCUUUCGCCAGAUCCCGAAACCCGGUGUCGUCCCCCGCGCACCAGAACGGCACGGAGAAAGAUGCCGCCGACGGCCGCCGGGACUACGAGCGGGACGCGGCGGGCGGCGCGGCGCUGCAGGCCGAGGCGGCACAUCAACAGCUCAUGUCGCGCGUGCUCAGCCCCGCGCUGCCGGGCGGCGCCGGCGGCCUCGUGCCCCUGAGCGGCGGCGGCCGGCCCAGCCCGCCGCACCACGAACUGCGCCUGGAGCCCGCCGCCUCGGAGCCGCUGCACCACCACCCCUACAAGUACCCGCCGGCCGCCGCCUACGACCACUACCUGGGGGCGAAGAGCCGGCCCGCGCCCUACCCGCUCCCCGGCAUCCGCGGGCACGGCUACCACCACCACCACCAUCACCACCACCACCACCACGUCAACGCGGCCGCCAACGUGUACUCCCCGCCCGCCCCGCCCGCCAACUACGACUACGGGCCGCGGUAACGCGCCCUCGACGCGAGGGACCGGCGCGUGCCGUAACCGUUAGCCGUCCUCUCUUUCCCCUCCCCCAAUCCCUUCCCGCCUUUCCCUCUCUCCCGCCUCGCGAGCGAGCCGAUUGGUCAGCUCGAUCCGAUCGACGUCCGGACCGGCCAAUCCCGAGCCGCCGGGCUGCGAAGGAGCGGCGGGCCGCUGUCUGCCCCGCAGCCACGCUUUGAUAAAUGGAGCCACGUGCUGCUAUCGCCCCUCUCCCGGCGGGAGUCCGGCGUGUGAAACGUGGGGCUCCGGGAAGAGGGCGGGAGGACGGGGAGCGGUGAGUGAGGGAGCGGGCACCGAGCCCCGGGCGGCGGCUGGGGGCCGGGAGCGGCGCCGUCCGCUCCGGGGUUCCAGCGGUAGAGGAGGAAGGGGGGGGUGGGCGCUGCGGGUCGCGGCCUCGUGCUGCUGUGCUGCGGGGAGGGGAAGGGUGGGCGGCGGCGGGGCUGAUGGCGGCGGCGGGGCCGGAGGCCGCGUGGUGUCGGCGCUGCCGGGCCGUUCGGGCGCAGCCGCGUUCUGCGGAGCUGCGACGAGAAGCCCGGCCGGGAGCACCGCCACGUGCGGCUCCUCGACGGCAUGGAAACCGAGAUUGAGAUUUAAAACGGUGAGGGGACGAGGGAGCGAAUGGCCGCGGGGCUCAGGCUCUCGCAGCCAUAACGUGUGAGCCGCCCCUGCGUCCUUCCCUGCGCUUCUGGGGCCGUGUUCCACCUCCCCCCUCCCCCCCCCCAGCGCCUCUUAGAGGCG